AUGGUUUGAAUGAGAUGUUCGACUAAUUCUUUUAAACUUUUCAGUUAACUUGGAAAUGUUUUAAGAAAAAUUAUUAUUAUGUAUUAGAUCUUCCAGCUCUUUUAUUCGAGCUUAAGUGAAGGUUGAGUUGAUUUGACGAAUUGAUGACGAUGAAUUACUCAUUGUAGACUACAGGAUAAUAAUUAGGUGGUUGCUGCACUUGAUUUUCCAAAUUAAAACAUGGAGGAUAACUGCAAUGUUUUCUACGGCACCAUUUGUAAUGUCUGCAAGAGUCUUCCGAACCAUCCAGAAGCAAUGAAGUUCUGUUCAGGGUGUAAGCUCGUUCAGUACUGUGGCAAUCACCAUCAGAAGACAGAAUGGUGUGGUCAUAAAAGUUUUUGCAAGAGUAUACAGCACAUAAUGAAAAGAACUGGCACUGAUCAUGUGUUCAAAGACGCGUCUGAAUUUGCUGAAAAGGAUUCUGUCCAAUGGAACAACCUACGUAUGUCCGUGAUAAAUCUUGUGCAAUUAAUUUUAAAAAGACCUUUGACAACUGUUGAAAAUCAAAUCCUCCUCUUCCCACCAGUUUGCAGCUUUUGUCGUGUCUACAAGCCAAACAAAAUGUUCUCCUGUGAAUCCUGUCAUAGUGUGCUCUUUUGUAGCAGAGAACAUCAAUCGAGUGACAGCAAACAUUCAGGGGCUUGUAAAUCACUAGCUAUGGCCUUUGAAAUCAACAUCACACGAUUUUUUAAACAGUUCGUUCUCUUUGACUGUAUGAAAAAUUUUACACCGCCAAAUGAGCUGCCGCACAGUAUAGAACUAUUUUUAAAACAAGGGAACAGUUUGUCGAUUGAAAAUGUUAUGUACAGUCAGCCGCUGUCCUAUGCUUUAACUCUAGCGUAUGCCAUCAGUAAAAUUGGUAAGGUCUCAAGAAACAAAAUGACAGUCCAUGUUGUUGGUGCUGAUGCCAUGGAAGCACAAGCGUUGUAUACUUUUCCAGUUAUUUUCAACUUAUUAAAAUUAGCUCAUCUCACAAUAGUAAUGAUUGGGCCAAACCUUCCUGAUGAUACCAUUCUUCCUUCCGGACUCGAACAGAAGUGUUCUCUCAUACUGAUAAGUAAAAAAUUGUAUCACGAGUAUGUCUCAAGUGAUGCUUUCAUACGUCCUGAUGUAACCGUUGUAUACAACUGCGGUUUCUGUGAGUUCAGUGACGUGCCUGAAAAAGAUAUUUGGAAAAAUACAUUGCCUUUUAUUUUGAAUCAAAGAGAUUGUUUAGUGAUUUUGACCUCUUACACUGCAGAAGAAUCGAGGCAAGAUUUGACCAGAUUGGGUAAUGUUAGUGACCAUGUAGCAAGUUACAACGUGUUGGUGGCGAAUGAAGAGAAUCCUUUCUGUAGUUUAUGCCCUCUCAGAAAUUGGGAGGCAGGGUUCGAAGCUGUAUUUUAUGUGAAUAAAUAUAUUUCAGUGCUACAAACUUAAA